AUGGCCACCCCUGGAGAAGGCAACCAGCCCAAUGAUGAUGGGGCACCCCAGCCAGUGGCACAGCUGCAGCAGCUUGAGCCUCGGGUGGCCCGCAGACGACUGUCCCAGGCCCGCCAUCGAGCCACUCUGGUAGGGCUCUUCAACUACCUAAGGAAGACAGUUUACUCCCAAUCUGAUAUCACAGCCUCAAAGUGGCAGGUACUGAAUAAGACGAAGGUUCAUAUUCAGGAAAUGGAACAAAGCUUGGAUAAUUUGCUGAAGCUCAAAGGAUUCUUCAACCUGCAAGAUGGGAAUCCCAACAGCUUACAGGAGGUCAAGGAAGAAUAUGCCAGAAUGUACUCUGACAAUGACAGUUUAUUCCUAAACAGUUUUCCUCAGGACAGCCCCCCUGAAUGGUUCCCCACUGAGGUUGUUGGGCUGGAUGCUGAAGAAGAAGAAGAGGAAGAAGGAGAAGGAGAAGGAGAAGGAGAAGAAGUAGUAGAAGAAGAAGUAGAAGAAGAAGAAAAUGGUGAAGAGAGAGAUGAAGAAGAGUACCAGGAAGAGGAGGAAGAAGAGGAAGAGGAGAAAAAAGUGGAUCUCUCCCACUCCUCUCCCACUCUUUUGCCAGACCUCAUGGAAUUUGAACGGUACCUCAACUUUUACAAGCAGACGAUGGACCUCCUAACCAUGAACAGCAUCAUCUCCGAACAGGAAGUGACACUCCCUAUUGUCUCUGCGGCCAUCUCCCACCUGUGGCAGACUCUCUCUGAGGAGAAAAAGGUCAAGCUCCUACAGGUGUGGGAACAGCAGCACAGCACCUUCUCAGACCUCACCGAGGCCUGUCUAGAGCUGGCCGGUGCGGAGGGGAGCUUGAAGGACAGCGGCAUGGACAGCCAAGGAGCCAGCUGCUCACUGGAGUCCACCCCAGAAGAGAUCCUUUUUGAAGAUGCUUUUGAUGUGGCAAGUUUCCUGGACAAGAGUGAGGCCCAGCGUAUGUCUAACAUCAGUGCUGUGUUUGCCAGCUGCAACUCAGAUAAUCCAGAGGAGAAAUUUCAGCUCUACAUACAGAUCAUUGAGUUUUUCAAAGGCCUUGGCUGUGUUAACACUCCAUUAAACGAGGAACCAGAUCCUCCAGUCGAUGAUGAUAUGAUGCUGUUGAAGUGCCUGGAGACCUUUGAUGAUGAAGAUCUGUAAUGCAGAGGGGCCGAGAAGGAAAAAAAUAAAUGGGGGAAGGGCAGAUUCAAGUUUGAAUACCAGUAGCUAAGGUUAUACCACCUUGUCUUUCAAGACUCACAGAGAAAGGCUGUUUCCAGAAGCCUUUUUGAUGUUCUCAAUUUCUGUUACUAUAAAGUUUUAAGAGCAAUGAU